CGAUAAGAGUCGAAAGGACCCGAGGACCACUUACCUGCACAACAAAGGAAGAACGUCGAUAUUUCGGAAAAAUCUCUACAUUAAAAUUUGUGCGUUUCUCAGCGAUUCUCGUAGGAACCGUCUCUGGUCGUCGCCAAAUCACAGAUGUUUGUGUGCCACAAUAGGAAUAAGCUGCAGUAAUUAGGGAAAUACAGAAUGACUAAGACUCGAGUGAUGUUUAACAUAGUAAGAAGGUUUAGUGGAUAUAGCACCGAGCCAUUAAUUUUUAGACAGCUAUUUGAUAAUAUCAGCUCGACCUACACUUAUCUGCUGGGAUGCCCCAAGACGAGAGAAUGUAUCAUUAUUGACCCAGUUCUUGAGCAGGUGAAAAGAGACUUUCAACUUUCAAAGGAUUUGGGCCUUAAAUUGAAAUACGCCAUUAACACCCAUAUGCAUGCCGACCAUGUUACUGGUACAGGAUAUUUGAGAGUUCUAUCCGGAUGCAAAACAAUAAUAUCUAAAGCGAGCGGGGCUGCUGCUGAUAUUUACGUUAAUGAAAAUGACCAAAUUGUUUUUGGGUGCCAUUCUUUAAAAGUUUUUAGCACUCCCGGACAUACUAAUGGUUGUGUUACUUAUUACAACCCGAAUCAGGGUUUAGUUUUCACGGGGGAUGCACUACUAAUAAGAGGAUGUGGUCGAACUGACUUCCAAGAGGGCGAUCCAAAAACUCUAUAUAAAAGUGUGCACAGUAAAAUCUUCACUUUACCUGGGUCCACUUUAGUAUUUCCCGCGCAUGAUUACAAAGGAUUUCUUUGUUCUUCUGUGGACGAAGAGCGCAGGCUAAAUCCGAGACUGACGAAAUCUGAGACGGAAUUUGUGGAAAUUAUGAACAACUUGAAUUUAAGUUACCCGAAACAAAUAGAUCGUGCUCUUCCAGCAAACAGAGUUUGUGGAGUUCAAGACAUACCGGAAGAUGCUAAAAGGGAUUCUGCGAUAUGACCAGUAUAAUCAACUAAAUCUCUUAUAUGUGAAAAAAAUCAACUUUAUCAGUUUUAAAUAUCAAUAAAGAUUACAUUUUAAAUUUU